GUGAGUUCAACGGCGAAAGAAUUCCCGCCGCGCUGCGCACUCAAUUUUUGUGCCUGUCUCCGUGUACACACUCUCUCUCCCUGCUUUUUUCUUUCCAUUCCUCCGCCGGCGACACCGCCGCCAUCGAUCGACAUCUCCGUCGCCUGCCUUCCGAGGAGUCUGCAAUCGAGUAUUGCAGCUGUUCAGGUCAGGUUUCAAUUUCAACCGCGCGCUGAAGGAGAAAGUAGGAUGAAGGUCAGAGGGAGUAGAAUCGUCGCGGUAACUCGGGCUAAUUUAGGUCUGAUGUCGAUUUUGUUCUUAGGUAUUUGCUUCUUUAUCGUCGGAUUUCUCGGCGGCGCUCUCGUCGUUCAGCAGGAGGCACUUAGUGAUUCUCGGCCGCGGAUGCGGAAAAUUAGGGAAGAGGAGAGGAGAGAGUUGGAAGCACAGCCACAGCCACAGGGGCAUGGCGUCUCCGGUGAAGGUUACGUGGGAACGAUCCCCUUUCAGAUUUUGAGUUGGAGACCCCGUGCAUUGUACUUCCCAAAUUUUGCUUCUCAUGCACAAUGUCAAAGUAUUAUCAAUAUGGCGAAGUUGCAACUCAAGCCGUCAACGCUAGCUCUCCGUCCUGGAGAUACACCUGAAAAUACAAAAGGCAUUAGAACAAGCUCUGGUAUGUUUAUUAGUUCAUCUGAAGACAAAACUGGAAUCCUAAAUCAGAUUGAGGAAAAGAUUGCCAGAGCCACAAUGAUCCCCAAAACUCAUGGAGAGUCCUUCAAUGUCCUGCGAUAUGAGAUUGGACAGCUCUAUGAAUCGCAUCACGAUAGUUUCGACCCUAAUAUUUUUGGUCGGCAGAGGAGCCAACGGAUUGCUUCUUUCCUAUUGUAUUUAUCCGAUGUCGAAGAAGGAGGCGAAACAAUGUUCCCUUAUGAGAAUGAAAUUAUAGAUCCUAAAUAUGACUUUCACCAAUGCACCGGUCUGAAAGUAAAGCCGCGCCAGGGGGACGGGCUCUUGUUCUACUCGCUGUUCCCGAACGGCACACUUGAUCCUACAUCUCUUCAUGGAAGCUGUCCGGUGAUCAAAGGUCAAAAAUGGGUUGCCACAAAAUGGAUUGGGGAUAAUGUUCAGGACGAAGGUAAUUAACAACUCUGGUGGUAUUUAUUUUUUGUGCAACAAACUGUAUUUUAAAUUGGUCAAGUUUUGGAAUAGAGAAAUGUUUUGUUCGAAUAGUGACAUUAAUUUUUAUUUUAACUUUUAUACAUACAUUUUUUGUGGUUCUACAAUAACAAUAUUGUGUUAAUUAUUAUGGUCUUGUCAUGUAG